AUGCCUGACCUUGUCCAGGUCAUUACCGGAGCACAGUCCUCCGAGAAGGAUGAAAGAAAAAAUGCUGAAACUGAGCUUUUCAGAGCGUGUAAUCAAGACGCUGGUAAAACUUUGGCAUCAUUGGUUAACAUAGCCAGCCAGCCUGACCAAUUGUUGCCCGUCAGACAAUUUGCGCUUCUUUCGUUGAGAAAAUUCAUUACAAUGUACUGGAGUGCUGGAUUUGAAAGCUAUGUGGGCCCUCCUGGUGUUAAUGAGGAGUACAAGACGAUGAUAAGACAAACUCUUCUACGCCUGUGUCUUGACGACAAUCAAGAAAACAAAAUAAUACAGGGAAGUUCGUACUGUGUGGUUCAAAUUGCCGCAGUAGAGUUUCCUGAUGAAUGGCCAGAAUUGCUGGAUAGCGUAUAUGGUGCCAUAAUGAACAGUCGAUCGGUCAGUGCGGUGUGUGUGCUCAUCGAAAUUUUUGACGAUGUUGUGUCGGAAGAGAUAUUCUUCCAGACUGAUGUCGGGUUUCGCACCAUUGAGAUUGCACUUACAAUAUUGAAAAAUCCAGAUACAUCAGUAGAGGCCAAAUGCGCCGCCGCAAGGUUGUAUCGCACUUGUCUGUCGCAAUUGCAAUCUCCGAUGGUAAACACGCAGCCCCAUAUCAAGGAAACUGUCGUAAGGCAUGUCAAUGAGGCAUUUAACAUAUUAUUUGGCCUUUUGCAGGAGUUGACCCCUGCGAUCGAGAAUGCGGUACCGAAAAUUCUUGAGCUCCAGGUGCAUAUCUAUGAUAUUUUAUGCUUUUUGAAAGAAAAUUUGUUCAAAAAGGUCCUUUCAGGUGAGCAAGCGAGAAACGCGCUGUCCUUAACGUUAAAAGCGCUGCAAUUGACUAGUUCUUUACAUUACAACGGCAAAUUCACAGCAGAGGAAGAGCAAGAAAUUAAUCUUAGCGAACUUGGUAUCAAGCAGGUUUCGCUUCUAUCUGCUCUUCAGGAAAUCCCUCUUACUCAAGAAGAGAUGGAACUCGUUAUUAGGUGUUUUGUUCUCGGCAGUUUCAUCAAUGAUGACGUUUCCGAUUUGUACAUGAGGGACGUUAAUGCAUUUGUAACCAAGGAAACUGGACUCGCGGCUUCAUUUUAUGUUCGUGACGAAAUAGAAGACUACCUUUUGAAUCUGGUAUCAUCAAACUACAAUCUCGCUCUUCGUUUGAGUCUGCAAUACUUUUUACAAGAUGACUUUAAAGAAGGUAAACUCAAGGAAGCUCUGCUUUUCAUAAUUGAGUCACUUGCAAAAAACGAUGAAGAAACGGAACCCUUCGAAGAGAGUAAUAUUAUUCCAGUUCUUCAAAGUGUUCAAAAUCUGAUCUCAGACGAUCAACUGCAUGAAAUACUCAAAUUGAGAUCUGUUUUGCUGAUGCCCCAAAUGCUCGAAAAGUUUAUGGAUUCCCUUCCAAAUGUCAAGGAAUAUAUCAGGGAGGUACUUACCGAGUCACUAGAAGUGGCUCUGAAUUCUCCAAGCAAUUUAAUCAGGGCUUCUGCUCUACUGUCCUUCACGUAUUAUUCGUCCUUCAGCGAACUUCCAACGGUCAUGGGACAAUCAAAGUUCUUUGCCUCACAAAACGUGGUUGCGACGUUAAUCGGCCUACUCGAAGAUGAAUCCGAAGAGGAUACUCUCGGGUUUUUGCUUGAGACCCUUCAUUGUGCGCUAGUUUGGGACGAAACAAUUGAAAGAGACUACGUUUUUGAAGACCAGGCACUACAUCUUGUGUUAAAACUCUCUGCCAGAGAUCCAGCUAAUAUUCAAGUUGUUCUUGAAGCACAGGACUGUUUGAACAAGAUAUUGAGUGAUGUCCCGUCCACAUUUUACGUUAGAUGUGCCAAUACGUGCAUCCCACUUUUUGUAGACACGUUGAAGAAAAGCAUUGAAAAUGAUUGUGUUUAUUCACCCAUUGUGUCCUUAUCUUUGGAGCUUCUGGCGGUUUUCAUGAGAAAAAAACCCUCCGAGGGGUAUCUUCCACCUCAGUUGACCGAAUUCGUUUUCCAACCUUUGGCAAACAUGCUCAUUGGAUCUUCUGAUGAUGAGCUACUACCUGUAACGACUGAUGCUCUUGCAUUUUUGAUCAAUAACUCUGAGAAACAGGUCAUUGCACCAUAUUUGCCCACGGCGCUGUCAAUUUUACAAAAACUCUUGUCGGUAGACACUAGCGACUCUGCAUCGAUGAAUGUGGGUCCAUUGAUCAUUUCCAUAUUUGAAAGCUAUUCCGAUGAGCUCAUAAACGUUUUCCCACAAAUCCUAGAUGCAGCGACAAGGAAACUGAUCGAAGUUCAAAACAUCGCCACUGCUGAAAAUUUGAUCUACGUCUUCUGCUAUCUGGCGUCUAUUAACGUGAAGCAAAUGAUUGAUUUUCUAUGCACUCUGCAAAUUGAUAAUUCACAGAAUGCUCUAGAGCCCGUGCUUUCAAAGUGGUUCGAAUCCUUCGAAGUGACGAGAGGAGCGAGGCGCAUCAAGGAGAAUAUCCUUGCUCUUUCCAAGAUUUUUUUUCUCAACGACUCAAGGGUUGCCAACACCUUGGUUCGCGGAGAGCUGAUUCCAUAUUCUGGUGACACUAUUUUAACGAGAUCGAUGGCAAAGAAGAUGCCUCUGCAAUAUACCAAAGUUUCCGCAUAUGAGAGGAUCGUAAAGCUAUUUGUCACAGAGUUAGGCUUUCAAAAUGCUCAACCUACGGUGGAUAAAUUCAUUCCUGCCGGCAUGAAAGCUGAACCAAAGAGCGACGAGGGCGAUGAAUGGGAAGACGUUGACGACGUGUUAGAGUACAAUAAGCUUCAAGAAUUCAUUGAUGACGAUGGUCCAGAUGAUGAUUUUGAAGAAGACGAGGAGCUCUUUUUCACCAAAGAGCUACAACAAAGCGUUCCCGAGCUUCUCGUUCAGUUUUUUAGAGAGGUCGCGGCCAAAAACGUCUCUCAUUUCAGCGAAAUAUAUCAGCGUCUCAGUGAUAAUGACAAGAAAACACUUUCCGAGAGCUUGGUAUAA